AUGAAGGAGACAGCAGCUGUGGCUUGUUUGCUGGUUGAGCUGUCUCUGGCUGCUUUUGUUCUAGCCUCAGAGGGGGCUGCCCGUUGCCCUGCACUGUGUCGAUGUGAGAUACGACCCUGGUUCUCUCCCAGUUCUAUUUACACCGAGGCUACCACUGUGGACUGUAAUGACUUGGGCCUCUCAGCACUACCAGAGAGACUGCCACUGGAAACACAGGUGCUGCUGCUACAGACAAACAACAUUGUUAAUGUAGAGAAAACGCUGGAUUACUUAGACAACAUCACGGAAGUUGACUUGUCUCAGAAUAACAUUUCCUCAGUGAGCGAUGUUUGUUUGGGGUCUCUUCCUCAGCUACUGUCGCUCCACAUGGAAGAGAACUGGGUUCAGGAGCUUUCUGACAGCUGCCUCGCGUCACUGCCCAACCUCCAGGAGUUUUAUAUCAACCACAACUUGAUUUUCUUUAUUAGCUCCCACGCCUUUAAAGGCUUGAACUGGCUGCUCAGGCUUCAUCUCAAUUCCAAUCGACUGACAAGCAUCGACAGCCAGUGGUUCGAAUCCCUCCCCAACCUGGAGAUAUUGAUGUUGGGAGAAAACCCCAUCUUCCAUUUGUCAAAUAUGAACUUUAAACCCCUGGCUAACCUCCGAAGCCUUGUACUUGCCAGGAUGAAUUUGACUGAAAUUCCUGACAAUACUCUAGUUGGUCUUGAGAACCUGGAGAGCAUCUCAUUUUUUGACAACCUGCUUAAUCGAGUACCCCAAACAGCACUGACGAGAGUUCAAAACCUGAAGUUUCUGGAUUUGAACAAGAAUCCCAUUGAGAGAAUCCAGAGAGGUGACUUCAUGGACAUGGUGCAUCUUAAGGAGCUUGGCAUAAACAGCAUGCCCGAGCUUGUAUCUAUUGAUAGUUUUGCCUUGAACAACCUGCCAGAGCUUACAAAAAUUGAGGCCACUAACAAUCCCAGGCUGUCCUAUAUUCACCCUAAGGCCUUCCACAAGCUCCCAAGGCUGGAGACUCUGAUGCUCAAUAGCAACGCUCUGACUGCACUUCACCACAGCACAGUGGAGUCUCUACCCAAUCUGCGAGAGGUGAGCCUGCACAGCAACCCGAUCCACUGCAACUGUGUCAUCCGUUGGGUCACCAUGAACAGGACCACAAUUCGCUUCAUGGAGCCUGAUUCACUAUUCUGUGUGGAACCUCCGGAAUAUCAAGGACAGCAUGUCAGACAGGUACACUUUAGGGAUAUGACAGAGAUCUGCCUUCCCCUGAUCUCAUCUGGGAGCCUCACAGAUCGAGUUGAGGUAAGCAAAAGGAACUCAGUGUCACUGCAUUGUCGAGCAUUUGGGGAACCAGAGCCUGAGAUUUACUGGGUGACACCAUCAGGUGACAGGGUCCUGCCUGGCAGCAUGUCGGAUAAGUACUACAUGCACACCGAGGGGACUUUCGAAAUCUAUGAUGCCACGGAACAAGAAGCUGGCCCAUACACCUGUGUUGCCCACAAUCUUGUUGGUGCAGACCUAAAAUCUGUGCUUGUUUCAGUGGACGGAUACACUGCCCUGCCUUCAAAACAACUUUUACAUGUAUAUGUUACAUCUGUCCAGUCUCAUUCUUUUAUGGUUUCCUGGGAAAGCACAGGUGCUUUGCAAUCACAACUUAACUGGUCUAUUUUAGCAGAGGGCCACCACAUUUUGAUGCCAUUUACAGCCAGGCUUCCUGCUGAUGUCAAAGAAUAUCACAUCAAACAACUAAAGCCAUCCACUCAGUACCUGGUUUGUGUUGAGGUCACUGCAACACAGCCUGGAUACAGGAGGGACUGUGUCAAUGUGACCACAAAGGAGACAGUGGUCCCGAGGGAGACAACUCAGAAUUGGGACAGUCUAGUGAUGGCUACCUGUGCUGCAUUUUUUAUUGUGGUUGCUGUGGCUUGUUCUGCCAUCUAUACAUCUCUGUACAGCCAAGUGUUUUACAGGAAAUUGAUAGCCAGACCAGCUAAAACAUUGCUGAUCCCCAGCACUCAUUCCUUCUCUUCUUCUUACCUUGAAUAUGGUAUGUCUGGCAUCAAGGUGAGGGCAACUGUAAUAGACUUAACGGAAGAUUCCAUGUAA